AGUGUCGCCGCGGACAUGGCGGGAGCGAGGGCGCUGCUGAGGCUGUGCCUGCUGGGAGGCGUGCUGCUGGCGUGCAGCGCUGGCACGGACCCCCAGCCCUCCCCCGGGCCGUGGCUGGCCCCCCGGACGGGCCCCGCCCCUCAGCAGACACGCUCCGGCCGGCGGGGCGGGCGGCCCCGUGGUCAGCCGGGCGGUGGCGACGCCAGCAGUGCGUCACCGGAGAAUGAGACUGCGAGGGCGUCGUCUCCGCGCUCGGAGGCAGAGCAAGAGCAAGAGGAAGACAACACGGCUCAACAGGUGAUCCUGAUGCUUCAACGGCUCAACGACCGCCUCACCGCGCUGCAGGCGUUGGACGAACAACAGAUACGGAAGCUUGAAUCCAUAGACUACAGGCUCACGAAGCUGGAGGUGCAGACGCAGGAGAAGCACGAGGCGGUACGCACGGAGCUGCGCGAGGUGACGCGGCGCGUGCAGCAGCUCGACUGGCAGAGCAGCAAGAUGGAGGGGGCGGUGGAGGGCGUCCGGUCCGACAUGGCGGGCCUCAAGCACGGCCAGGACCUGCUGCGUGGCAUGCACGGCACUGAUGCGAGGACCCCCACCCUGGCCCAGGAGGAGACACACAGCAAGCUGCAGAUGCUGGCCGUGUCCAUCUACAGCGUGCGCGGGGCGCUGGGCGUCAUGCAGGAAGACAUCGCCGCCGUCAAGAAGAACGUCAGCGUCCUUACCAACACAACCCACGCCAUCAGCUCGCGGAGCAAGGAGCUGCUGACGACACGGCACUUCACGGCCGCCGUGCUGGAGGCGCGGCAGCACACGGCCCUGCCCGUCGCCGCACUGCCCCCCGACGCCCGCCGCCCGCCGGGCGAGCCCCUGCCCCUGGACUGCCUCGCGGUGCGCGAGCUGGGACACAACCGGUCCGGGAUCUACAGGGUGCAGCCCCCCGGGGCCUCCCAGCCCUUCUUCGUGUCCUGCGACCUGGAGGUGGCCGGCGGGGGCUGGACCGUGCUUCAACAACGCAGCGAAGGGACAGUAGACUUUUUCCAUGGUUGGCAAGACUACAAACAUGGAUUCGGUAACAUUGGAGGAGAGUUCUGGAUUGGCCUAGAAAAGAUCCAUCUUCUGACCAACUACAAGGUGAAUGAGCUGCUGAUAGAGUUGGAAGACUUCACCCUGGAGAGAGCCAAUGCACAAUACUCCGCAUUUGCGAUUGGUGCAGAAGUUGAAGGCUAUCCGAUAUCAGUUCUCGGCAAAUACAAUGGAACAGCAGGGGACUCGCUGGUGUACCACGCGGGCAUGAAGUUCUCCACCCACGACGUGGACCACGACAACUGGGCGGACGGCAACUGCGCGCAGUCCCACGGAGGGGCCUGGUGGUACAACGGCUGCGACACCAGCAACCUGAACGGGAGGUACCUCAACGGGGAGGUGCCGGAGAGCUACGAGUACCAGGGCAUGUACUGGUACGACUGGCACGGCCCCAGCUACUCGCUGAUGAAGUCCCGCAUGCUGGUGCGACCCAGGACGGGCCUGUACACCGGCCGGCACGCCGCGGGGAAGGAGGCUUCCCAGACCAACCACAGCACAAAGGACAAAGGGAAACAGCUCGCCGACAGCGGCGAAGCAGGUUCAACGGAGAUUGAAGACAACCCCAUGCUCGGACACGUGACGAACGCAGACGACACUCACAACCACGAGUAGUAGUUAUGAACAGUUACUGCACUCCAUGUUAAGCAAUUUUAUAAGAACAAAAGGUGUUUUAAACACUACUUUUCAACCUUGACUUUGAAUUAUUACAAAAAUUUUUUUUUGCAGCAGAUAUUAUUACAUUAAAUUUAUAAAAUGACAUAAGCAAAGUUCUAAACACUGGGAAGAAAAUGUUUCUUCUAGCUAACUGUUUCAAAAUAUGUAAAAUAAUCAUUCUUCUGUUUUAAAACAACAGACACAAUACUUAAAUAAGUAUGAUUAUGUACGAAUUCAAGAGAAGUUAAAAUAUAUUAUUUUUAAAAAAAAAGCAUACUGAAAAAAUACAUGUAUAAAUAAAACUUUUACAAUGAU